CAAAAUGGGUUUCAUGAAAGAUUGCUUAUAGGCUGAGGCCAAAGGUGGAGCCGUCACCCUUGCCAAUAUAUAAUUACAACACAUUGUCCCUUGUUAAUCUGAUACUUGUUUGCAGGACCAAGUUACUUUGGAUUUGUAGAAAUGGACUCGGAAACCCAGGAAGAAAUUCCUGUGCAUGAGGAAUUCAUUUUAUGUGGUGGAGGCGAGACCCAGGUCCUAAAAUGUGGGCCCUGGACAGACUUUAAUGAUCUAAGUGUCGACAGGCCUAAGCUGCUUAUUUUCAUUAUUCCCGGUAACCCAGGGCUUUCUUCCUUUUAUGUGCCAUUUGCAAAGGAUUUGUACUGUUUGACAAAAAAACGCUUUCCAGUUUGGAUUAUUAGUCAUGCGGGACACGUCUUGCCCCCCAAAGACAAGAAGAUUGUGACAACUUCAGAGGGUCCAAAUGCUCAAGAAAUUAAGGACAUCUAUGGACUCAGUGGUCAAAUAGAACACAAACUAGCCUUCCUGAGAACUCACGUGCCAAAGGAAAUGAAGCUUGUGCUCAUUGGCCAUUCCAUAGGCUGCUAUAUUUCUCUUCAGAUCUUGAAGCGUGCUCCAGAGCUCCCAGACUGCCAUCUCAUCUGAAGACUUGAAUUGAGUCAGAUCUGCUUCCAGCUUACUCACAUGGUUGUGGGCAAGAUUCAGUUCAAGGACUGUUGGACUGAAAGCCUUAAUUCGUCCCUGGCACUUGGGUGGAAGCCACCCUCCUUAACAUGUCAACUUCUCACACUCGCUUCACUAACAAGCCUAGCAGAAAAGCCAGAGAGAGUCUGUUGGCAAGAUGGAAGUCACAGACCAUGACCUAACUACAGAAGUGGUGUCUCUUCAUUUUUGUCAUAUUCUUUUUGUUAGAAUCAACUCAUUAGAUCCAACUGAAACUCAAGGGGAUGGAAUGAAACUAGGAGAUGAGGGUCACUGUGAACCAUGUUGAAAGCUGCCUACUCCAACACGAUAGUGUGUUGGUGUGCAGCCAAGCAUGUGAUAUAAAAAGAUAAGUAUACUGAAUUUACAACUUGAUGUUGGCAAUGACUUGGCCCUGCCAAGUAAAAUGUAGUAAAAUAAAAUGAAAUAGAAUUUUUGGUUCUUAAUUGUUCCAGGUGUUUUAAAAGACUGAAAAACAUUAAAAAGUGCACUUGUAUGUUUGAUAAUAACAUGGCUAUUCUGUAAACAUAAGGAAAACAUUUUCAGUUAUGAAUUGUCACAGUCUAUUAGCUUAAUCACAACCCUGUCCUUUUGGUUUUUGUUUCUUUAUCUGAUAUAUAUUUGAAAACGGUUGUUCAAAACAUUUGUUUUGAACCCGUGUCUCUUUCUGGGCUUGCACCACAUGUCUGUUAAGAAAGAAGUACAGUGCAUCUUUUUUUUUUUUUUUUUUUUUUUGACAGGCAGAGUGGACAGAGAGAGAGACAGAGAGAAAGGUCUUCCUUUGCCAUUGGUUCACCCUCCAAUGGCCGCCGCGGCCAGCACCGCGCAGAUCUGAAGGCAGGAACCAGGUGCUUCUCCUGGUCUCCCAUGGGGUGCAGGGCCCAAGCACUUGGGCCAUCCUCCACUGCACUCCUGGGCCACAGCAGAGAGCUGGCCUGGAAGAGGGGCAACCGGGACAGAAUCUGGCGCCCUGACCGGAACUAGAACCCGGUGUGCCGGCACCGCUAGGCAGAGGAUUAGCCUAGUGAGCUGCAGCGCCGGCCUAGUACAGUGCAUCUUAAAUCUAAUCUGCUUUUUUAUGGCUUCUUCAACUUCAGAACUUUUUAAUUAUCACCAUUCUUUCAGGUAUUCUUGCCCUUGUAGGAAUAGUGGUGAAAAGGGGGCAAAAAGAUGAAGCAUGAGUUUAACCUUAUCUGUAGAAGAGACAUAAUUAGUACUGUUUUCAGAAAGACAUUGAAACUGUGUUUUAUCUUCUGAAAAAAAAGGUAUAUUCUAGAAAUCGUGUGUAAUAAAUAGUUCAUAAAGCUCACUUUGGGGGAGGGUAAACAUCUGUAUGAUUUUUUUCUACUAUUCAAAUACUUUGUCUGGUUUCAAUUAACUACAUUGUUGAAAUUUCCCCCUCACACACACGCUCUGUCCACCCCCCCCUUUCCCAACUAUUAAACACCUGGACCAGUUAAUAUCAAUGGUGUGAUCCCUGCUGAAGUGUUGAAAUUUCAGUGUCUUCUGGGCUGCUCUACAGCAACACAGAGCCUGCAUGCCUCAAGUUAGCAUGACACGCUCCAUUUAAGAUGUAUUUGACAAUCAAAUAAGUUUGUGUAAGCCAGAGUGUUGCAAUCCUUAAUCAUUUUGCCAAAAACAAGUUAGCUGUUAUGUUUUAUAACGUAUGAAGUGUGAUAAUAAGAAACUUGUGUUUCCAUCUCUUCUGUUAUUUUUACUGGAAUUUUUGACUCCCAUAAGAUUUUGAGGACAUAUGUGUAGUUAGUAGCUGGUUUAUUUGGUUUUAUUUUGGUUCAGUUCUUUGCAAUCGUUUUUUAAUUAUAGGUCUUAAUUCAUUUUAAGAAACUUUUUACAUAUAUCAGAUAUGUUUUCAUCUAUUUUAAUAUACUGAAAAAAUAAUUGCCUCUUUAAAAUUUAGUAUGUAAAAUUUUUUGUUUCUUUUAGCAAAUUUGACACAUACAGUUAUAGAAAUUCUUCAGAUAUUUUGACAAAGUUAUAGAAUAGGGAAUUUUGAAAGAAAAUAGCUCAAUAGGAGAUUGUUUAAUAAUAGCUGUAGGCCGGCGCGGCGGCUCACUCGGCUAAUCCUCCGCCUAGCGGCGCUGGCACACCAGGUUCUAGUCCCGGUCGGGGCGCCGGAUUCUGUCCUGGUUGCCCCUCUUCCAGGCCAGCUCUCUGCUGUGGCCAGGGAGUACAGUGGAGGAUGGCCCAAGUGCUUGGGCCCUGCACCCCAUGGGAGACCAGGAGAAGCACCUGGCUCCUGCCAUCGGAUCAGCACUGUGCGCUGGCUGCAGCGCGCCAGCCGCGGCGGCCAUUGGAGGGUGAACCAAUGGCAAAAGGAAGACCUUUCUCUCUGUCUCUCUCUCUCACUGUCCACUCUGCCUGUCAAAAAUAAAUAAAUAAAUAAUAGCUGUCACAAGUUACAAGAAAAAAGACAAUUGUUUUUAGACCAACAGGAUCUUAGAAAUAGGAUGAGCUUUGUAGACAGUCUAACCCCAUCUUGGGUUUUGUAAUUGGGGAAAUGACAAGUUACCUUGUCAGCAUAUGACCCUGGCUCUGUCUGAAUCCCAAAAUGGGUGUAUUUCUUAGCUGGGGAUAUAAAGAGAAUCUCAGAAGGUAUCUGGUGGUUCUUUGAGCCUUUGGGUGAUAACAGGGCCCAGAGAGGUGCUGGUGUGUCCCCGCAGUAUGCAGAAAGGUUCAUAUGACUCAUUCUGUUGCCACCCAAGGGGGAAGAGGCACAGAAAUGCUCCCACAAUUUAAUGGGGUGGGGUGAGUCAUGAUGUGGAAACAACAAAGAUAAUCUGACUCUCACUAUCUAGAAUCUUCUUUCCCUAAUUAUCAAUACUCUGUAUGUCAUAAAUGUGCUGAUUUUGCCAGUACAUUGUUUGCGUGAAGUUCAAGAUUGUUUAUAUUGCAUUUAAUGAUAACACUUCCUCCCCUUCAAGAUAUACCAUACCUUCACGAACUUAAUUUUUUAUGUUAUUUGGCCUUCCUUAGGGAACAUGUACCAUAACAUAGAGCUUCCUUUGCCUGGUUGGCAAAAAAGUCUUCUCUCUAAAUUAAAUGUCCAGAUUACUUAAAGUCACUCCUGUAAAGCAAGAUUAUUUUACCCUGUUAGAUAUAAAUCUAUCUAAAGUAUAUUACUUAUCUGCCUUCUUCAACAAUGCAUAUUAAUGACAGAGGAAUUUUUUCUUAGUAAUUGAAGACUAGUCAUAAUCACAUCAUUUUGAGAACAUAUUCUAGUGUAACACUUUGGUAGUAUUGUGAUAGAAUAAAAUAUAAUCAAAGGGAUCUUGGUCUUUACCCUGAAACUUUUUUUUUAAGAUGUAUUUAUUUAUUUGAAAGGCAGAGUUACACAGAGAGAAGGAGAGGCAGAGAGGGAGGGAGGGAGGGAGGGGGAGAGAGAGAGAGAGAGAGUCUUCCAUCCACUGGUUUACUCCCAAAUUGGCUGCAACAGCUGGAGCUGUGCUGAUGCGAAGCCAGGAGCCAGGAGUUUAUUCUAGGUCUCCCACAUGGGUAUAGGGACCCCCAGGACUUGGGCCAUCUUUCACUGCUUUCCCAGGCCAUAGCAGAGAGCUGGAUGGGAAAUAGAAGAGCCAGGUCUCAAACCAGCACCCAUAUGGGUUGCCAGCACUGCAGGCAGCGGCUUAAUGCCCACUAUGCCAUAGCCCCGGCCCCUACCCUGAAACUUCUUAGCUCUCAAUACUUUUUCUAUUUUUAAAAAAUGUUUCAUGUUUGUUACAGUUUUUCUAUCUUCUUCUUCAGUGUUAGGUGUCACUUCUCUUCCCUACUUCUAAUUUAUUGCUACUCAUUUGCUAUGGGUAGAGAAAACAGAUAAUCAUAGUAUAGUUUGUCUCAGUAAAAAUGAAUAGGUCCUAAAUAUAGGAGCAAAAUUAACAAAAUUAAAUGCAUGAGUGUUGUUAUCGCUCAGAACCUUUUUUUCUUUUGUUUCUUUUGGAAUCCCCUAAAAGGGUUUUGAGGAUAUUGUAGACACUCAGUAUUUUAAAGACUCAGUACAUAACACAAUUCCAGCUAAGAGGCUUAAAAAACUUGACUGGAAGAGUGAGAAUAGCACAUCAGGCCCUGUGACUGUCUCACCAACAGCAUGUGGAGGAAGUAAUGUCCUCAUGCUUUCCAGCCCAGCCACAUGGGGACCAGGAGGUUCUGUUUCCUCUCUCCUGAGAGCCAGCUGCCAUAUAAGAAGUCCAGCUACCCUGAGACCAGGCCACACUGUGAGAAAGGCCACACUGGCCACAGAGAAGGACCGUGAGACCCCAGACCUGAAUGACACUGUGGACCUUCCAGCCCAGCCCAGCCCAGCCCAGCCCAGCUCAGCCCACCCACCACUGAAUGCAGCCAAGUUAGUGGCCCUGACCAACACCAAAUUGAGCAGGAAAACCUUUCGGCUGAGCCCUGUUUGAAUUCCUGACUCACAGAAUAGCGAGAAAGGAUAUCACUGUAAGCUGUAAACUGUCAGUUUGGAGAUGCUGCGUUACAUAGCAGGGGGUACCUUGUGGGAGAAAAUGAGGACCUUGGGCUCCUAGUAUUAGUAACCAGAGGGCCACUGGUGACCGUAAAAACAAUGUUUUGGCCAGCGCCGUGGCUCAAUAGGCUAAUCCUCUGCCUUGCAGCGCCGGCACACCGGGUUCUAGUCCCAGUCAGGGUGCCGGAUUCUGUCCCGGUUGCCCCUCUUCCAGGCCAGCUCUCUGCUAUGGCCUGGGAGUGCAGUGGAGGAUGGCCAAAGUGCUUGGGCCCUGCACCCGCAUGGGAGACCAGGAGAAACACCUGGCUCCUGCCUUCGGAUUGGUGUGAUGCGCUGGCCGCGGCGGCCAUUGGAGGGUGAACCAACGGCAAAAGGAAGACCUUUCUCUCUCUGUCUCUCUCUCUCUCUCAGUGUCCACUCUGCCUUUCAAAAAAAGAAAAAACAACAACAACAAUGUUUUAUUGGAAUAAUGGGAGAAGGAGGUUGCAAGAUAUUAGAUGAUAAAUGGAUAGUAAUCUCAGAAUUGGCCAUUGAAUGUGAGAAUGAAAGAGGACAAGUUAAGGAAAAAACUGGUCAAGGGAACAUUUCUUUUCCCUAUAAGAAGGAGAGAAUUUAAUAUGCUGAGGAAUAGUCUAUACAGAGAGAGAUGUUCAUAGUGAAAGAGAAAUAGGAAUAUUUGUGAGAGCAGCUUUCCUUUUAUUUCUCCUUUUUUAAAAUGAUUUAUUUAUUUAUUUGACAGGGAGAGUUACAGAGAGGCAGAGGCAGAGAGAAAGAGAAUGAAAGAGCGAGUGAGCUGGGCCAAUCUGAAGCCAGGAGCCUGGAGCUUCUUACAGGUCUCCCAUGUGGGUACAGGGUGUCGCUCCCCCUCUUCAUGGAGGAACGACACAGGACCCUGCGCUGUUCUUUCGUCUGCUCGGCCCUCCCCGGGUUUGCUGCUGGUUCUUCCCGGGUUGGCUACUAUCCCUUCCACCUCUGUGGAAGGGCGGUUCCCCCUGGCCGCAUUCCCCACUUCCGCAGGGGAGCGGCACACCGCCGGCCGGGUCUCUCGGGGGCUGCACGGGUUCCCUUAGAUGUUCCCCAUAGAUGUUCCUGGUGCAUGCUGUCUCUCUCCUCCUUUAUAGUCCUCCUCCGCCAAUCCCAACUCGGCUGCCCACACGCCGAGUACACUGCUCUCCAAUCAGGAGCAAGUCCUACAGUUAAUUGGUUGAACUGGAGGCAGCUGUGCGGAAGCUGUUUACUUCUCUCCCAGCGCCAUAUUGUGGGAGAGCAGAUGCAUAGAAUAAGUCUUAAUUCCAGUAACUCAGUCCAGUCCGGGUUGCUCCCCACAGAUCCCCCUUUCUUUUUAUUUUUGGCAUUGAUACGCGCCUGUCUUCGGUGUCCCGCGGCACACACUCUGCUCUACUUGCUAGAGUUGCCACAGGCUCUUACAAGUCCUAUCAGGCAAACCGAAUCCGGGUCCUCUCUUCGCCAUGUUAUGAGGAGGUUUUUAGGCGCUGAUGCGUGCCUGUGUUCGGUGCCCUGCAGCGCAUGCUCUGCUCUGCCUGCAGGGGCUUACAAAACCUAGCAAUCAGGCAAACCGAAUCCAAGCCUUCUCAGCGCUGUGUUGUGGGGAGGCCUUAUUGAUGUUAAUUCGUGCCUGUCUUCGGUGACCUGCGGCGCAUAAGCUGCUAGCCGCCGCAGGUGCUCAUCGUGCUCAUCGCCUCACUUAAUCAGGCAGACCGAAUCCAAGCUCUCACAUUGCAGUGUUGUAGGGAGGCCUUUCUAUUUCUCUAUUUCUCUAACUCCGGGCAUUCCUAUUUCUCCCAUUUUACUUCUAUCUUCCAGCAUUCCUAUUUCUCUCAUCUUACUUCUAAACUUCUGUUUCUCUUAUCCCCGCAGCUUCCCGCUGCCCGCCCCGAGGCUACUUCUCGGCGGCUUCCCGGCUGAGCCGCUUCAGCCCGCGCCUCUCUCAUCUGCGCAGCUUCCCGGCUUUGCGCGGCUUGGCUUCGCGCGCUCCGCGGUCUCCACGCCCUUCGCGUCUGCACCACGGCCUCGCGCCAGCCCCGUUCCCCAUCUAUUCACGCCCCGUGCUCUCUCUGCACGCGACGGCUUCCGCGAGUAACACAGCGUAGCUUACGUGUCCGCCACUAGCAUUCAAUCUAAGUUCCCCGGGCUAGCCUGGCGAAUUCAACCCAGCAUACAUCUCCGCCCCACGGCUUGGCUUCCCGUCCUUUGCUCCCCGGGCUAAUCAGACGGAUCCCAAUCUGGCUUACGUUUCAGCUUCUGGUUUCAACUUUUCGCCCCCUAUUCCCGGGCUAACUUGAGAAUCCCAAAGUGGCUUCCGUUUCCGCCUCGGCCUGCCCCCCGCGGCUUCAAUUUCCCUAACAUUUUUCUCUACCCGGUAUGUUUCCCCAAACUUUCCUCCAACGAUAUUCCUCCCUCAUUUCUCCUGGCCUCUCCCCACAGUCCGCAUCCGAGUCUGUUUGUUCUAGCUUUCACUUUCGCUUUUGACCUUAGAGAUUUCUCCCAGCUUCCCCCCGUAGUCCGUAUCUGAGUCUAUGCCUAGGCUUUCAACAGCUUCCUCCGGCACCUCUUUUCGUCCGGCUUUUCCCUAGGCUGUUUGCUAGUCUCUCUCUCUGGUAUUUUCCUGCUUCUUCCCGUUUCUUCCCUCCUAAGUUUGCUAUCCGUCCUAGGUUUCCUAUCCGAGUCACGGCACCAUUAUGUCGCUCCCCCUCUUCAUGGAGGAACGACACAGGACCCUGCGCUGUUCUUUCGUCUGCUCGGCCCUCCCCGGGUUUGCUGCUGGUUCUUCCCGGGUUGGCUACUAUCCCUUCCACCUCCGUGGAAGGGCGGUUCCCCCUGGCCGCAUUCCCCACUUCCGCAGGGGAGCGGCACACCGCCGGCCGGGUCUCUCGGGGGCUGCACGGGUUCCCUUAGAUGUUCCCCAUAGAUGUUCCUGGUGCAUGCUGUCUCUCUCCUCCUUUAUAGUCCUCCUCCGCCAAUCCCAACUCGGCUGCCCACACGCCGAGUACGCUGCUCUCCUCCAAUCAGGAGCAAGUCCUACAGUUAAUUGGUUGAACUGGAGGCAGCUGUGCGGAAGCUGUUUACUUCUCUCCCAGCGCCAUAUUGUGGGAGAGCAGAUGCAUAGAAUAAGUCUUAAUUCCAGUAACUCAGUCCAGUCCGGGUUGCUCCCCACACAGGGGCCCAAGGACUUGGACCAUCUUCCACUGCUUCCCCGGGCACAUUAGCAGGGAGCUGAAUCAGAAGCAGAGCAGCCAGGACUUGAACUGCUGUCCAUAUGGGAGGUUGGCCAUGCAGGUGGCAUCUUUACCCCUGCGCCACAAUGCUGGCCCCUAUUUUUUUUUUUUUUUGUAGAGAACUUAUUAAUACAUUAGAUUCUCAAGGUCACAGCAAAUAUGUGAUAAUUACUACAACACAAUUAUCAAUUCUCAUGUUAGUGUGAUAGUACAAGAACAAAUUCAAUGUAGUUCAUAAAUAUAACUCCAAGAAUCUAGUGAUACUUCCUUUUUACCCUCCCUUCCAUCCAUCUGUCCUUCCUUCCUUCUUUCCUUUCUUUUUUGAGAUAAUAUUUUUUUAAAAGAUUUAUUUAUUUAUUUGAAAGUCAGAGUUACACAGAGAGAGGAGAGGCAAAGAGAGAGAGAGGUCGUUCAUCCAAUGGCUCACUCCCCAAGUAGCUGCAACAGCCAGAGCUGCCCUAGACCGAAGGCAGGACCCAGGAGCUUCUUCCGGGUCUCCCACACGGGUACAGGGGCCCAAGGACUUGGGCCAUCCUCUACUGCUUUCUCAGGCCAUAGCAGAGAACUGGAUCGGAAGUGGAGCAGCCGGGUCUCGAACCAGUGCCCAUGUGGGAUGCCGGCGCCCCAGGCCAGGGCAUUAACCCACUACGCCACAGCGCCAGCCCCAGAGAUAAUAUUUUUUUAAUUUACAUUAUAGUCAGACGCUUAAUGCUCCAGUAAAGGGUUCAACAAGUAAAAAGUUAAAAAAAAAAAAAAAAA